AUGAAGUAUCUGCUGGAGUGGCUGGUGCUCUCUGCAUGUGCAGCCUGUCUAGGAGCAUCAGUUGCGGCAGCCGCGGCUUCCACGCAGCGGAGAAGGCGUCACAGUCACGACGCAACGCCGUCAUCAACAUCCACAACACCCACCAGUUCCUCGACAUCCUUCGGAGAGUGGCCAGAAUUGGCCUUAGUGCGGCGUCUGUAUGAUGAUUGUCAGGAUAAAAAUGAUUUCAUCGGCUGCCUCAAGCAGAAGGCUCUAAAUGCUUUAACGCGCGCCAUUGGUCAGGAUUCCAUUAAGAUCAUGGAUGGAUUGGUUAUGGAGAAGCAGAAGCAAAAUCAGUCUGAAUCGGAAAGUAUUUUGGGUCUUCUAACGGACGCUCGACAAUUUGGGAGCCUCUCCCCACUGGAUCGGGCUCUCUUAUUCAAGGCCGACAAGCUGAUUCGCACACAUUCCCUGAAAAUUGACAUUAUGGAUGUGGCCGAUUUGGGCAAUGAAGGACGCGGGCAUGAACACGGUGGCCACAAGAAAAAAAAGCACAAAGACGGUGGUCACAUUAAAUAUGUCAUAGCGGCCCUUCUGACCGCCAUGGGUAUAGCUGGACCCCUGGGCUUAAAGGCUCUGGCAGCAAUUGCUGGUAAAGCAUUGGUAAUCAGCAAGGUUGCUCUAACCAUAGCUGGAAUUAUAGCUCUGAAGAAACUCUUUUCGCAUGAUCACAGCGAAGAGACAAGCUUUCAGGUCCAUGCCGGAGACCACAAUAGGCGCAACACCUAUGUGAUUCGCCCUGUUUCGAAAACAAAUGCGGGCGUAGGUGUCACCGCCGCCGGUAGCAGCUCUUCAGUAGACCCAUAUCGCUAUUAUUACGACUACUCCCACCAGCAAUAA